AGUCGUUGAAAGCAAACCGAAAAAUGAUGUUUUUAAUAUAUUUGUUAGUCGCUGUAUCAGCGCUGGUGGCAUAUUUUUUGCACCACAAUUCGAAUUAUUGGAAAAAUCGAGGAAUACCCCAAGAUCCACCUCAUCCAUUCUAUGGAAAUAUGGUCGGAUUUAGAAAAACUCGUACAGUUCACGAUAUUUUGGAGGAGUACUACAACAAAUUUCGAAAGACAAAUCAUCCGUUUGUGGGCUUCAAUUUCCUGCAAAAGAGGAGCGCCUUUGUAAUGGAUAUCAAACUGGCCAAGAAUAUUUUAAUUAAGGAUUUCACAAACUUUACUGAUCGCGGACAGUUCUACAAUGAACGCGAUGAUCCUCUGACUGGACAUCUCUUCAAUUUGGAUGGCAAACGUUGGAAAGAGCUGCGCCAAAAACUAUCGCCCACCUUCACAUCUGGCAAAAUGAAGUUCAUGUUCCCAACUAUUAUCAAAGUAUCCGAGGAGUUCGUACGUGUCAUGUUUGAUGAAGUGCCAGUUAAAUCCGGCGGGUCUAUCAUCGAAGUCAAAAAUCUUAUGGCUCGUUUUACCACCGACGUUAUCGGCACAUGCGCUUUUGGAAUUGAAUGCAAUACUCUUCGCACUCCUGAAUCUGACUUCCGUAAAAUGGGUCAAAAAGCCUUCAGCGAAACUCGACAAGGAUCUUUAAUAACAGCCUUCAUAUUAAGUUUUCCUAAUCUAGCACGAAAACUGCGAAUGCGCGUGGUUCCUGAGGAUGUCCACCAGUUCUUCAUGGGAUUGGUUAAUGAAACCGUCGCAUACAGAGAGAAGGAAAAUAUCAAACGGAAUGAUUUUAUGGAAAUGCUAAUUGAACUUAAGCAGAAAGGUAGUUUUACAAUGGACAAUGGCGAGGUGGUUACAGGAUUGGACGUUGGUGAACUGGCAGCUCAAGUUUUUGUAUUCUAUUUGGCCGGCUUCGAGACCUCCUCUUCAACAAUGAGCUACUGCUUAUAUGAACUGGCCCAGCAUACAGAUAUUCAGCAGAAGUUGAGGGAAGAUAUUAAGAAUGUUCUGCAGCAACACGAUGGAAAACUGACCUACGAAAGUAUAAAGGCUAUGAGAUAUUUGGAUCAGGUUAUAUCGGAAACUCUUCGCCUGUAUACGAUUGUGCCUUUCUUGGUGCGCAAGGCUCUUAGCGAUUAUGUUGUUCCCGGUAAUCCCAAAUAUGUUAUAGAGAAGGGGACUCAAGUUAUAAUGCCAGCAGCCGCUUAUCACCGAGAUGAAGACUUUUAUCCCGAUCCGGAGAAAUUCGAUCCAGAUCGAUUUUCAGCUGAGAACGUUGCAGCUCGAGACUCUGUUGAAUGGUUGCCCUUCGGCGAUGGUCCCAGAAAUUGUAUUGGUAUGCGUUUUGGCCAAAUGCAAUCACGAGUUGGCCUGGCCCAGUUGAUUCGGAACUUCAAGUUCUCAGUGUGUGAGAAGACCGAUAUACCUCUUAAACAUGACCCCAAAUCGUUUGUGUUGGGCACAGUUGGCGGCAUUUAUGUGCGAGCCGAGCGAUACUACAACAAAUUUCGAAAGACAAAUCAUCCGUUUGUGGGCUUCCAUUUCCUGCAAAAGAGAAGCGCCUUUGUAAUGGAUAUCAAACUGGCCAAGAAUGUUUUAAUUCGAGAUUUCAACAAUUUCGCCGAUCGCGGACAGUUCCACAAUGAACGCGAUGAUCCUCUGACUGGACAUCUCUUCAAUUUGGAUGGCAAACGUUGGAAAGAGAUGCGCCAAAAACUAUCGCCCACCUUCACAUCUGGCAAAAUGAAGUUCAUGUUCCCAACAGUCAUCAAAGUGUCCGAGGAGUUCGUACGGGUGAUGCUUGACGAAGUACCAGUUAAAUCCGGCGGGUCUAUUAUCGAAAUCAAGGAUCUUAUGGCACGUUUUACAACUGACGUUAUCGGCACAUGCGCUUUUGGAAUUGAAUGCAAUACUCUUCGCACUCCUGAAUCUGACUUCCGUACAAUGGCCCGCAAAGCAAUCGUUGAAUUGCGCCAUGGACCUGUGUUAACGUUUUUCCACUUUAGUUUUCCUAAUCUGGCACGAAAGCUGCGAAUGCGCAUGAUUCCUGAUGAUAUUCACGAGUUCUUCAUGAGAUUAGUUAAGGACACCCUCGCAUACAGAGAGAACGAAAAUAUCAAACGGAAUGAUUUUAUGGAAAUGCUAAUUGAACUGAAGCAGAAAGGUAGUUUUACGAUGGACAAUGGCGAGGUGGUUACAGGAUUGGACGUUGGUGAACUGGCAGCUCAAGUUUUUGUAUUCUAUUUGGCUGGCUUCGAGACCUCCUCUUCAACAAUGAGCUACUGCUUAUAUGAACUGGCCCAGCAUACAGAUAUUCAGCAGAAGUUGAGGGAAGAUAUUAAGAAUGUUCUGCAGCAACACGAUGGAAAACUGACCUACGAAAGUAUAAAGGCUAUGAGAUAUUUGGAUCAGGUUAUAUCGGAAACUCUUCGCCUGUAUACGAUUGUGCCUUUCUUAGAGCGCAGGGCUCUUAACGAUUAUGUUGUUCCCGGUAAUCCCAAAUAUGUUAUAGAGAAGGGGACUCAAGUUAUAGUGCCAGCAGCCGCUUAUCACCGAGAUGAAGACUUUUAUCCCAAUCCGGAGAAGUUCGAUCCUGAUCGAUUUUCAGCAGAGAAAGUUGCAGCUCGAGACUCUGUUGAAUGGUUGCCCUUCGGCGAUGGUCCAAGAAAUUGUGUGGGCAUGCGUUUUGGCCAAAUGCAAACACGAAUUGGCCUGGCCCAGUUGAUUCAGAAGUUCAAGUUCACAGUGUGUGAGAAGACCGAUAUACCUCUUAAACAUGAUCCCAAAUCGUUUGUGUUGGGCACAGUUGGAGGCAUUUAUUUGCGUGUAGAACGAGUUUAGUUCAAAAGUAUGUUAAUGGGUUUGGAGCAAUGUUGUCAUGCGGCGAAAUUGUUGUCGCUGUGGUCACAUUAAAACACAAAUUUAAUUACAUUUAAUAAGGGAGAUUAGCAAACGUGUUUUGCCAGUGUAUGUGUUGUUAGUAUGCAUUUCAUACACAAAUGUAUAUAAUUAAAAUGAUAAAUACCAAGAUAAUCGCCUUUCCAAAACAUACUAUGAAUAGUACUUAGCUAUAUUUAUAUUUGACAAAC